AUGAGCGAGUACUCGCUGGCUCCUCUAGCACAGUUGACGUGUGAGACGUGUAAGCGGCGCAAGGUCAAGUGCGACAAGCUGCGCCCCUGCACCAACUGCAGCAAUGCCGGCAUCCAGUGCGUCGCUGUUGAACGCGCGCGCCUGCCACGAGGCCGCUCGGCGAAGAAAAAGAAGCGCCCACAGGAGGAACCCGGGAACCUGUCGGGUCGGGUCUCCAUGCUUGAAGGGGUGAUCCAGUCGCUGCUGGAUGGUCGUGCCCAGUCCUCGGAGAGCACCUUUCCUUUGCCCCUGUCGCUGGCGCCCAGUCCAUUGCCGAGUGGAGACGCAGCCCAGCAGUCGGCGGCCAUCGAUCAAUUCGUCUUGACUGGCCACCGUGCUGCGUUGAAUAGUGAGGAGGAUGGUACCCUCAAUACCCUGAGUCCCCGUCUGCUGCAGAUUUACACUGAGCAGGUCGAUCCCAUCCUUCCCAUUCUGCAGUGCUCGGCGCUAUCGGGAUUGGUCACGCAGGGGGGUUGGUAUCUGCAAUAUCCUGCAGACCACCCUGCGCCUCAGGCCCUGGCCUGCGCGAUCAGCUACAUGACCAUUACUACUCUCAGCAGUGUCCAAUACUUACGAGAGUUCAACGCCCCCCGGGGCCUCCUGCUUGACAAGUACCACAGUCUGGCCCAGUUGGCCCUGGAUCGGGUGGACUAUAUGAACACUGACGACCUGACUGUUCUGCAGGCGUUUGUGCUGUUUCUGAUUUCUAUCCAGGCCCAUGACCAGAGCCGACGGGCUUGGACAAUGCUGAGCCUCGCGGUGCGCAUUGCCCAGUCGCUCUCCCUGGACAAAGCUGAUCCGCCCUUCACGGUCUCUGCACUGACAAGGCAGAUGCGCCAAAGACUAUGGCAUGUAAUUUCCCUGCUAGACGUCCAAGCCUCAUUUGAUCGUGGCUCUCCGCCAAUGCUUCACUUGGAUUGCCUGCGUUCACAGGUCUUCCUGGCCGUGGACUUCUUGGAUUUCUUCAGUGGGCCCGAAGAUGAUAACUUAUCAUCUCCCGUAGCGUCCCUGUCAAAUCCGACCUUUAUCAUAUUGAUGGCUGAAGCGCAGCGUGCAUUCCGCACCCUCGAUCUGUCUGGCGACACAAGUCCUUUUGCCGUUGGAAUUGAAAUGCACCUCCGCCUCCAGACUGCCGCUACUUUCAAGGAAAAGUCCCAAGAGAUCUUAAAGAACUUUGAGCCGCAGCAAGUCCUGGUUCACUGGUUUUUCGAGAAGAUCGUCAAUGUUACCCACGCCUUUCUGCAGCUGGUAGCCGUUCAGCCCUUACAGCGGCCGCCUGGCAGCCCCUUCUCUCAAGACAUUGUACACCAGAGCACGUCACUCUCUUUGGCAGUGCAAUUUCUGCAGAGUCUCAACGAGAUGCAUCGAAAUCCCCGGAUUGAGCCCUUUCGCUGGUAUACGCGUCUAUUUGCCCCAUGGCAUGCUCUCUCCGUUGCCAUGGAUCAGGUUUGCGAUUGCAGUGACCCGUCCCUUCAGGGGUACUACCGGUCUGCCAUCGCGCAUCUCUAUUCCUCGCUACAGGACCUCUUAGGCGACGCUCAUCAGGGACUCCUCCAGCGGCCGCUGCAGCGGUUUUCCUUGCUCUCGGAGACUUGCGCGACUCAGGACGUGAUGGGUGAUUUACUUUCGGAACCGAAUCUUCAGCUGUAUUGA